UUACACCCAAUAAAGUAAAAACAAUGUUUUCCUGUACAAAUAUAAUUGUUGUCAUGACAACUAAAGCGUCUCGGUGGGAUUCCUUUCACGUGGAACUAGCAAUGGAAUGUCACGGGGGAAAGAAAAUUGUUACGUCAUGCAGAGUUACCUGUUGGUUGUACCAUGCAGCUGCGGGGAAUAGCAGAGGCCAUUUUAAUAUUGUAGAAGGUUGUAAUGCUUUUCAUGUUGUUACACUGCACGUUACAAGCACCUCUGCACCUAAAGCACUAACACUGUCACUGAGCCGAGUGAGCCUUGCGCACAGCACUAGUGAGGUGCAACUAGGGCCAUGGAGGCAAAAUCGACUUCUGAUGACGAGGUUCGGACCCUGUUUGUGAGCGGUUUACCAAUCGAUGUUAAACCUCGUGAAAUCUACCUCCUUUUCAGAGGCUUCAAGGGUUACGAAGGAUCACUACUAAAACUUACGGAUAAACAGGGCAAGCCUUCGCCUGUAGCAUUUGUCACAUUUGAAAGCAGAGAGGAAGCUGAAGAAGCCAAAGCCGCUUUACAGGGUGUGCGAUUCGAUCCUGAUGUCUCCCAGACGCUUCGUUUGGAGUUCGCUCGUUCCAAUACCAAAGUAUCCAAACCGGUGAAUAAGCAAGCCGUAUUGACCUCUGCUCCUACCUUUUAUCCCCGGGAGCCCCAGCUCAUACAUACAGACCUCGCUGCAGCUGGAUUUCUGCCUACCCCAGAACCAAACUUAGCCUACCCUGCUCCCAUAUUUAAUGACAUCAUGACAGCAGCAGCAACAGCUCAACACACGGCGUUUAACCAUCAUCCUACAAGUAUUCUACAGUUGCAAGCUUUCCCUCAACAUCAUCAUCCCAUAAUCCCGGCUUUAGCAUCACCGACAGCGCUUCACCACAUGGCGAACCUGGGAAACCCGCCAUGCACGACGCUCUUCGUAGCCAACCUUGGGAAAGGAAGCUCUGAACAAGAACUCAGGGAUCUAUUUGCAGAGUUACCAGGCUUUCGACGGCUAAAAAUGCACAGUAAAGGAAGCAGUCCCGUCUGUUUCGUGGAAUAUCUGGAUGUUUUUACGGCGACUAACGCAAUGCACAAUCUUCGAGGCCGGAACCUGCAGUCCUCAGCUGAAAAGGGUGGCAUAAGGAUAGAAUACGCAAAAUCAAAAAUGGGCGAGGUACAUGAGUGACUAAGUCACGCCAUCUUUGUUAGGGUCGGGUUAUUAUUGAUGGCUUUGGUACAAUACCGAUGCAAAUACAACAAUGAAAGCACGGACGAACGAACGCAAGGUUCGGAUAAGAGCUGCUCAAUAAAAAAAAAUGAGGCAAAUUUGGGUCAGACGUGGGCAUCCAUAUCCUGUUGAAAAAACGCCGAGAACUGUGGAGAUCUUUGUUUUUAAAAAUAGUUCUUAACGGUUCUUGAAAUAGAAAUUUCCUGCGGAAUAAACUGCCGAACUCAUAACAGUUUUCUGCCUUUAAUAAGGCAAAAGGGAGAGUAAUUUAAGAUUUUUUUAUGGUAUGAGAAGUCUUUACGCUGGCAAGCAAGGUUUUGUUAAACUUUCGAAAUAUCAACUACGUAAGUGUGUUACGAGUAAGUAGCAUACGUCAAGCUGUUCCUUUUCAUCGUAAUCAAUUUCAUCUCGCCUCUUUGCAGAAAAACUGUGUGUGAUGAAAUCCUAAGUUAUAGGAACAAUACAAGGAUUCCUUUCUUCCUUGAAAAAAAAUAUUUCCUUUUUAUUGAUGUUUAAUUUUAUUUUUCUUGAGCGGCUAUUUUCUUAUAAGAGACGCAAAAUGUCUCCAAAUUCCAGUUGAGGAGGUGACUGUUUUUAAGUUAUUUGAAUGAGGAGUGAUUGGUUUUCUAUGUUUACAGGUUUCAGUCCAAGUUGUAAAUAUUAUUACUGUUAUUAAUAUUUUACAUUAAAGUAUUUAAUGAAACCAUUAAAUAUUGGUAA